AUGACUCUGUGGCGCUGCAGUUCAACUGCUUACAUUUUGAUGGUUGAUCGGCUAGCAAUCGAAUGGCAUUGUUUCUUCUUCUUCCUUCGUUACGCUCCAUUCAAUAGACACUAUCUAUCUAUCUAUCUAUCUAUCUAUCUAUCUAUCUAUCUAUCUAUCUGUCUUUAUAUAACUAACACUAUCUACCUAUCUAUCUGUCUGUCUAUCUAUCUAUCUAUCUAUCUAUCUAUCUAUCUAUCUAUCUAUCUGUGUCGCCUUUAUAUAACACUAUCUCUCUCUCUCUCUCUCUCUAUCUAUCUAUCUAUCUACCUCAGUCUAUUCAAUAUCUAUUUUAUCUAUUCAGUAUCUAUCUAUCUAUCUAUCUAUCUAUCUAUCUAUCUAUCUAUCUAUCUAUCUAUCAUGUCGCUAUAUAUAACUGACACUAUCUAUCUAUCUAUCUAUCUAUCUAUCUAUCUAUCUAUCUAUCUAUCUAUCUUACCUGUAGUUACAUGUGGCACCAAUAUCUAG